GCACCCAACCAUUCCUCCAAGAGCAUCGAACCCUGGUCAACCAGGUUACGAGGAACGCAGCGGUUGGCCUUCAGAGAAAUAGUUUGUCGCCCUGCAAGUCGUUAGGCUGCUAGCAGGGCUUCGCCCCACCGCUCUACUCCCCAAGCGACAGCAACCGUUGGCUGCGAGAAUUCGACCACCCGGACUCCUGCAAAGCACUCCGUUCAAUCCAGUCCAUCUGUAGGUGCCAGGGGAAGGGGCUCCCUCUCAAAAUAGGGAAAAGGUGUAGACCAGGUUUGACUGCUAGCCGAGAAGGCAAUAAGUUCGAGGGGCCCAGCCCCACUGCGUCUGGAAUUGAGUUUCCUCCCGUUUGCCGCCCUCCCCAUACUUUAUGAUCGUUCAACUCUAGCCAUCGCCGAGAGAAUGUCUGCGGAUCUAGGACUUGCUCUUGUCUCUGAUCCCGAGGGAGAUCAUUCCGCAGAUCUAGUAUUCAUUCACGGGCUCGGCGGCCACCGCUCCCGCACGUUCACAAACAAGCACUCCGAAUUCUGGCCUCCCUGGCUUAAUCAAGCGAUCCCUAAAGUUCGGGUAUGGACCUACGGUUAUAACGCGAAAGCCAUUCUGGGUUCCGAGGACGAUCUGUCGCUUCACGCGACCAAACUCUUGAGAGCGCUGGUCGCCGAUAAUGUUGGGCGAAAGGUGGGUUCGCAGCUCAGUCAUAAACACUGGGGCUAACUUAAUGGGGAUCAGAAAGGGAAAAGCAGCAAUCGCGACAGACCGGUGCGGCCUGUGAUAUUUCUUGCGCACAGUCUUGGAGGAAUUGUGGUGAAGAAGGUCAGUCCAUGUUCCCACCACUUCCACAGCACCCUAGCUCAAACGGGUUCUGGAUACAAAGGCCAUGGUUAUUGCGUCAAGUCCGGGACAGUCCUGGUCGUACCUGUUCUCCACUUCUCCCGCAGUAAUUUUCAUGGGCACACCUCAUCGCGGGUCAUAUUGGGCGCAGAGGCUCUUCAUGGCUACGGCAUUAAGCCAGGCGUUCCUUCCGCGAUCCGAGUUCCUCCACGUGUUACGAGAUCGGUCGUCGAUGCUUGCCACACUGGCGGAACAGUUCAACAGCGUUUGGGGUAAGAAGCAAGUUUUAUGCUUUCGCGAGACCGCACGAGUGGGUGGCAUCGGGAUGGUAAGAUAUACUCAUUUGAAUGCCCGUAUAUGACCUCGUGUUAAUACCUAGCCGGUAUAUAGAUCGUAGAGCCCAAAUAUGCGGUGACAAACUGCCGAAAAGAAGUUGUGAUAGACGUCGUAAAUUGCGAUCACCAUCAGAUAUGCAAGCCAGAAUCCAUGCAAAGCCCACUGUUUCUGAGCAUGGUGAAACACGUUGAGCUCUUCCUCAAGAGCUCCGGCCCGCCCAGUCCGGGAUUGAAGCCCACGAGGACAAAGUCGAAUGAGAGACACAAGGAUCAUUCGGCGGCCAAACCGGUCGAGAAGUCAAGGCCCGGGGGAAAGGCAAAAUCGGCGCGGAAGGAAAAAUCGAAGGGGAGAACAAAAGAAAGGACCAGACCGGUCGAGAAGGUGAUCGCAGUCGAGAAUAUCAGGCCGGUCAUCUCAUUCAAUCCUCCAAAGCCUCCCCGGGCCCCGAGAAACGUGCUCGUCAAGGCCAGACCCCUCCCGAAACCACCGAAAUCGCAGCCGACUUCUCAAAGCCCAUCGCAAUCAGCAUCAGUCAGAUCACUGCCAAUACGGGCACCCUCAGAGCCCCCUCCUCCACCUCCGCCGCCAACGCGGUCUCAUUCCGCACCCGGAGCGAAAAAAUCCGAACCCAGUACGUGCUGACAUCAAGAAUAUCCUUCACCUUACUCUGCUAACAGGAUUAGGUCUCUUGUUACGAUACCUUGCCGGGUGCUAG